ACUUCUUGAAGGACCCAGGCAGUAACGUUGCACCACCUUACAUUCUCCAGGACACCAAAGGACUUGCUGGACCAGACAGCAAGCCCCUGAGUACUACUAGGCCAGGUAGAACCUGCGAAGUGGGGGGCAGCCCCACUUUCCAGGUGGGGGCCUUUGAUGCCUUCCCCAAUGCUACAGGGCACAGGGAGGCAGGUGAGCACAAGACAAGCAAACAGGUCUGGGCUGCUCAAACUGGCAGGUCCAAGGUUUAGCAGCCCACCCUGUCUUUGACCUUGCUGCUAUAGGACUUCAGGCCAAGGCUGACUUUCUUCUGAGAAGGGGUUCCUGCUAGCCAGUGGCAUAUGUCGUUCUGGACUCAGGAGACAGCCUGGCCAGGAGGGUGGUUAAGAGUGAUUGGGGUUUCUGAAUGUCAGAGGAGACAUCAGGGACCACGCUUUGCUGCUUAGCUAGAGUGGGCAGCAGCUCCUUCAUUCACCCACUGAACACCGGAGGGUGGAUUGGGACGACGUCAACCUGCCAAGGCCAUCACUGGCCAGAUAAGGCCACCAAAGGCUGUACAAGUGUAGACAUUGCAGGAAAAAAAUAUGGUGACAGUGAACAAAGCCCGUGAAGGUGACAAAAGCCAGUUAAAGUAGGACAAGGCAGAGCGAGGCCCAUGACCGGGACCAGGCCCGAGAAAAUAAACGAAGGCCACGAUCGGGGACAAGGGACACCGAAGGUGGCAGAAGGCUGGUGAAUGCAGGACUGGGAGUAAUGGGGCACAAGGCUGGUGACUGGGGACAGGGCAGAUGACACAGUUUGCAGGGACAUGGCUCCUGGUGGCUGUGGGCUCUUCGUGCCGCUUUCUUCAGGAGCAGGGACACCGAGCUGAGGCCACCACAUUGCACGCAGCUCCCCAGGGUGCAGCUAUGGCUGUCAGCACCUUCCGAAAGCUAGAUGGGAUAUGUUGGCAGGUACGCCAACUCUUUGAGAACACAGGGGUCCCUGGCCGCUUCUUGUUCCAAGUCUCACGGGCCCGUGGACCAGUGCAUAUGGUGGUUGCUGAGACUGACUAUCAGAGCUUUGCCAUCCUGUACCUGGAACAGGGAAGGAAGCUGUCUGUGAAACUAUACGUCCGCUCACUGCCAGUGAAUGACUCUGUCCUGGAUGUGUUUGAGCGGCGAGUCAGGGAAGCCAACCUGACAGAAGAUCAGAUUCUUUUCUUUCCCAAGUAUGGUUUCUGCGAGACUGCGGACCAAUUACACAUCCUGAACGAGGUGCCGCGAUAAGGCCAUCUAGUGGAGAAGCUGUGGACAGUGGGCUACCCUCAGAGAGUUCUGAGCAUCCUGAAUGCACUCUUGGAGUCUCUCCUUUCUGUCCCCAGAAGCACCCCUUCAUACAGCUCUGUUGUCCUAGGUCUUUUCAUUAAACAUCAGACUUGGCCCUGG